AUGGAAUUGAAUAACGUUGAUAUAAAAUCGCGACCAAUUAACAUCAAUUGUCUGCAAUGGUCUAAAGAGAAUCACAUUUCGGUCAUAUCACCCUCAGGCAUAGAUAUUUUUAUACCAUCAUAUAGAAGUAGAUAUACCCGUGAUGCUAUAGUAAUCUGUCAAGAUUCUAGUGAUCGAAAUCCUAUCAAGAUUAAUGAUUUUAGUUCCACACUUAUAAAAGAUAUACCAGAAGUUUUCAAAUGCUUUACUUGGUCUCCAAUAGGUUGUUCUAUUAUUCAAAGUUGUUUAUUUGUUGCAAUAACAUCAAGAUUUCAUGUGGCAAUAUAUGGUCCUAAGGAUGGUCCUUUACAGAGGGAUUGGAUAGAGGUUGAGAAUAUGUCACCUAGAUUGUUGCAGCAUUACACAGAUCAGAACUCUGAAAAUAUAACUGAUGUGACCCUAUUGAAUAAGCUGCAAUCCAUAUCCGUAUCUUGGUCUCCUUUGUGUUUUCCAAAAAACUUUGACCAUUUCUCUGUAAUAGCAAUAGGAAGUAAGGCUGAUGUAUCAAGUUUUGUGACUGCAUCAGAUGACGGUUCGGUUUAUAUGUGGAGAGUAACUAUAUCAUUAAUCCCUGUUAUAUCUUCGGGUAUAGAAAAUAUAAAGCUACAAGCAUCAAUCACUCUACAUGCGACACUUUCUCAGGCUGACAAUCGACCUGCAUCAAUAAUGAAAUGGUAUGAGUGUAAUAAUGCAGGAGAAAGGUUAGCUAUAGUUAAAGGUCUCAAGAUCUAUGUUUGGACAUCAACCAGAUUGCCUUUAAUUAAUACAGAUUUAGAACCUCCAAAAAUGUUCAAAAUUCCUUUAUCUAAAGGAACAAUAGUAGCGAUGAUUUGGAAUUAUGAUGGAACUCAACUGUAUAUCUUCAAUAAUGAAGGUAAUAAUCUAACGCUUGACAUCUCAGGAACAGAGAUUGAUAUUAAUGAAUUCACAACAAAAUAUAUCAAUGAUGUCCUGGCUACGAAAUUAGAGUCGCCUGAUGCUUUAUAUGUUACUGAUAAAUUUGAAGUUUCUUAUGUGACUUUUUGCCCAAGUGAAGAACAAUCAAAUAGUGAGCUCGUACCUUCGUUGGUCACGAGACUUAAAAACAUGCUCGAAGACGCAUAUAUUUUAGAGAGAAAAUCGACAAAUUAUCUUAUGUGGGAUUUAUUGGAAUAUUGUGUCCUUGAAAAUGAAUUCGAUAAAAAUAACUCACUGCUUCAUCAAUUGGACAAAGCCUGUUGGGAUUGCUAUAAUAAGUACACUGCAUCAUCUUCAAUUGGCGAACUGUCAGAUAAUACUGAAUUUAAUACAGAAGAUUUAACUGAUUUUUCUUUAAUUGGCAUUAUAAUGAAAUGGAAAAAUGUGCUUUAUAGAAAUCGUUCUUUAAAUGCCCUUCGGUUGCUCGUGCACAUUUAUAAUAGCACUACGCGUUUAGAAGCUCCUUCAGGCCUUCAAUUACAACUAAGCCCUGCAUUUGAAGAUUGUUUGAAAAGAAUUGAAAAAUAUUUUUUAAAACAAGUUCUGUCCACGACUGUAGAUUGUAUUAAAUGUGGAGUAGUAAUUAAUAGUGGUAAGGUUUUAAGUUUACUAAUUGAAAUGUGUUGUAUUAUUGUAUUAUUAGAUGAUGACAAUGAGUUAUUAAAAUUGGCAAAGUUUUUAUAUGACUACUUGAGCACUUUACAAGAGAAAGUUGAGAUAGUCGGCAGUCUGGAAACUGAACAAGCUUGGACGUCACAAUUGAUUUCAUCUAAGAAAAACAAAAAAACUAAAAAGACACCAACACGAGCAACAUGUCCUGCAUCUAUUAUUGUAUUCUUAAUUCAAUUAAUACAUGUAUCGUUCAUGCGAGGUCCAACAGGCAGAUGUACCAAAGGACAUGUUUGGGAUCUUUGCUCUAUAACUUUAAGCAUUGUGGCAGAUAAGCACGUGAGAUCCUGUAGUAAUUGUAAUCGUAAAAUCUUGGUGGCAUCAGAUCCUUAUAAUUCAAUGGAUAAUUCUGUGGACGAGCAGUCUAUUGCGUCAUCAAUAGUUGUGAAGGCAAUUUUUGAAACUUGUGAGAAAUGCUUUUAUUGUGGAGGUAAUUUCAUAUUUCGACAAACCUAG